GGGACAAACCGCUUUAUUGGCAAUGUGCUCUGCUUCCUCUCAUAAUGCCUCUAUGUUCGUGUCUCUAAACCAGAUCUCAAAAAACCCUUCUUCUCUCAAGAUUCCCACUCUUUCUCUAAAACAGUAAAAAAAAAUUAAAACCCAUCAAAACUCUCUCUCUAAACUUUGCACACAGCGUUUUUCUUGCUUUUUCCUGCCAAAAACAAUCGCUUUCUCCAGAGGAACCGCUCAGGUUCUUCUUGUGAGUGUUUGGUGAAGUAAAAGAGGAGAGACAUCUGUGACUUCCUUUAAAAACGGUGUCGUUCUCUUUUCUCUCUUUCUCUGUGCGGUGGCUUCCCACUUGCGAUCUCUCUCUAUCUUCACUCUUUGAAAGUUUGAAACGGACCCUCUUUAGUUUUUAUUCUUUUUGGUUUCCAAAACAAAAAGUUUGAAUCUUUUGUACCAAAGAAACAGAGCUUUUGAUGAUUAUAGCAAUCUGGGGUUUAGUUUUGAUUUCUUAUUUUCUACUUUGAUAACUGAAGAAUCUCUAAUUGAUUCUUCACUUAUUCUAUCUUUAAUUUUGGGAAUCUUUUUGAUAGCCUUUAGGGUUUCUAAGAGCUGUAAUGGUUUAUUUUGGGAAACUUCAGUGAAUCCUGAGGUGAUAAUUAGGGCUGUUACCAAAGUUGGUGAAAUCGUUUUGAGAUUUUGGAAAGUUCAGAGAUUUCCACACAAAGAAAAUGAGAUACAUCUCGAUUUGGUUCUUGUAUAGAUACUUGGACAAGCUUCUGUCGAAGAAAACAGAACAUUUCUUCUGAUCAUGACUUCUUCACGGAUUCUGAGAGAUUCAAAUGGAGACAUCGGUGAGCAUCUUCGUAACCACAUUCACUUAACCAACUGUAUUCACUUGAAGAAUCAUAUGCACAAGAACAAACAGAGUUCGGUUUUAACAGACCGGUCUCUUCUUAUGAGAGAUCUCGUCGUUCUUCAGAGAUCAAGAUCGCUCAGGGACCCAUCUGCGAGCCCGGAUUCACAUUCUUUAACCCUUGAUUCCAAAGGUUUGAUGCACAAGGAAGGAAGAAGAAGAUCUGUUGAUCAGAAUGUGGUUAAGAAAUCUGGUCUUAGGUUGUCUAAUUCGUCUCCGAUGGUGAAUUUCGGAACAUCUAAAGUCACUCCUUCUGAUGAAAUGUUUGAAGGGUCGAGUAGGAAGGGUUAUAGAGCCGAAGAUGCGAAUGAGGUUUACAGUGUUGCUUCGGUUAAAUCGAAGAAUAGGGUUGUUAAUGAUGCUACUGUCAAGACUCUGUCUGAUCAGUUAAACGAGGUUUUAGGCGAUAGUGAUGAUUUGGUUUCUUGUAAACGCCGUAAUGCUCGUAAAAGGCGGAGAUUUAGAGGGACGAGGAGAGCGGCUCGUAAGGUUAAUGUUAGAGACAGUGCUGGUAAUCAUAAGCGUGAGGUGUCUCGAGGCGAGGAAGAAGAUGAAGAAGAAGAAGAAGAUAGAGAACAGAACAUGAACAGAGCUGCUCCAAGAAACGGUUGUGGGAUCCCGUUUAACUGGUCGAGAAUUCAUCACAGAGGCAGAACGUUCCUCGAUAUCGCUGGUCGUAGUUUAUCUUGCGGAAUCUCUGAUCCAAAGGGGAGAAAAAGCGAAACCGAUAUGCGAAUGCUCUCUGAUUCAAGCUCCUCCUUCACGAAAUCUGAUCGCGAGGCGGUUCCUCUGUUAGUUGAUAGCGCAGGGAACGAAGAAGGUUGGGAGCAUGAUUACUCUGGGGAGCUCGGUUUAUUCGCAGACGAUUUGCUCAAGAACGGGAAAGAUUCAGACUUUGGCAACCGGAGAAACGCUCGGCGGCAUCAGAGCUUUACGCAGAAGUACUCGCCGAGAACAUUCCGUGAUCUCGUGGGACAGAGUUUAACGGUACAGGCUCUCUCCAACGCCGUUGCUAAACAGAGAGUUGGUCUUCUCUAUGUGUUCCACGGUCCAAAUGGAACAGGGAAGACUUCUUGCGCACGGACCUUUGCUAGAGCUUUGAAUUGCCAUUCCACGGAACUGUCAAGGCCCUGCGGGAGAUGCAGUUCUUGUGUUUCUUAUGAUAAUGGCAAGAACAGGAACAUUCGAGAGAUGGGUCCUGUGAAAAAUUUCGACUUCGAGAGAUUGUCUGACGAUAUGAUGAUGAUCUCUCAGCAGAAAAGGCAGCACCUUGUGUUCAUCUUCGACGAUUGUGAUUCCAUGUCGACGCAUUGUUGGAACUCGCUUUCGAAAAUCGUUGACGGGGCGCCUCGCCGCGUGGCUUUUGUCCUCGUUUGCUCGAGUCUUGAUGCUCUGCCUCACAUCGUUGUUUCGAGGUGCCAGAGAUUCUUUUUCACUAAGCUCAAAGACGCUGAUAUCGUCGAUUCUUUGCAGAGGAUUGCGUCGAAGGAAGAGAUUGAUAUCGAUGAAGACGCGUUGAAGCUCGUUGCUUCGAAAUCGGAUGGUUCUUUGAGAGAUGCAGAGAUGACUCUAGAGCAGCUGAGUUUGCUCGGAACAAGAAUCUCUGUUCCUUUAGUUCAAGAAAUGGUUGGGUUAAUCUCUGAUGAGAAACUAGUUGAUCUUCUUGAUCUAGCCUUAUCCGCCGAUACCGUGAACACCGUGAAGAAUCUGAGGAUAUUAAUGGAAACCGGAGUCGAACCAUUAGCUAUAAUGUCGCAGCUCGCAACCGUCAUAACCGAUAUCCUCGCCGGAAGCUAUGAUCUCGGUAAAGAACAGCACAGAAGAAAGUUUUUCCGGCGACAACCACUGACUAAAAAGGAUAUGGAGAAGCUGAGACAAGCUUUGAAAACGCUGUCGGAAUCAGAGAAACAGUUGAGAGUAUCCAACGAUAAACUAACUUGGCUCACUGCUGCGUUGCUUCAGCUAGCUCCUGAUCAACGAUGCAGUUCUUCCGCCGAUGCUAGCUUUAACCGUAGUCCGUUAAUGCAGGAUCUGAAUCCUUCUAACAAAGCUGCAGCGGAAGGUUUCAGAGACUGUAAUGGACAAGGUUUAAGCAGCAAGAAACGGCCUUCCGUUGAAGAUAUUUGGUUAGCGGUUUUAGAUAAAGUUCGAGUUAGUGGUUUAAGAGAGUUUCUUUAUAGAGAAGCGAAGAUCUUUUCGAUUAGUAUCGGUUCAGCUCCUACGGUGCAGUUAAUGUUCGAUUCGCUGUUAGGGAAAUCUACGGCUGAGAGUUUCGAAGAUCACAUUUUGAGAGCGUUUGAAGCGGUUCUUGGAUCUCCGGUUACUCUAGAGAUGAGAACCGAGUCAAAGAAAGACGCGAGAAACGCGAGUUUGUCGCCGUUUCAUGAUUUAAACAGCCGUGAGAGAUUCCGUGAAAGCGGAAGAAGCGAAAUCGUUGAGCUGGAUGAUGAAUCUGAAUCUGGAAUGACUCGAGUUAGAAGGAAACACUUGGAAGCUAGCAAGAACCAGAAUCAGAACCAGAACCAGAGCAUUGUGAGAGGAAAAGUGUCGUUGGCUCAAGUGAUUAUGCAAGCUGAAGGAAACAGUUGGCCGAAACACAAAGCUGUUUCGGUUGCAGAUAAGCUUGAACAUGAUAAUCUGAGACUUGAAUCUAGAUCAAGAAGCUUGAUAUGUUGGAAAGCGUCGAGAAGCGCACGUAGCUUGAAGCUUUGGAGAUUGAAGGUGAGAACGAGAAGGGUACGAUUACAUUCGUUGUUGAAGCUUGUCUCGUGUGGGAAUAAUUUAUCAACGAGAUCUCCUUCUAGAUAGUUGUUUUUUUUUUUUUUUUUAUAAACUUUCAGUAUGAAGAAAAAUGGUUCGUUCUUCUCUUCUUUGAUCAUAGGCAGAUUUUUUAAUGUAAUCUUUGUAGCUAUUUUAAUUUCAAGAAAAUCUUUUUUUUCAACAAAUGAAGCUAAAAUUUUCGUUAGAUC